CUGUUGAAGGAAGGAACAUCUGUAUGCAGGAAGAAGCUGAGGCCAAGAGAAGAUCAGCUGAUGGGAGCACCACGAGAACAAUCCAGGUGGAGAAGCCAGUGAAAAUGAAUAGACAAAAUGAAGAAGAGCAGUAGUCUCCCAUCAGGAGAGACACUGCCUGAUGAGGAGGAAUCUUACUAUGGUGAACGGGCUGUUGGGUUCCUGUGUGUCCUCAUGCUUUCUAUCUCAACUGUGCUGCUUGUCCUGUAUUAUUUGGAAUCACAAGAAGUAGCAGCAAAGAUCAAUGCUAUGCAUAGGAUUCGGGAAUUCAUGGUCAGUCGAAAUCAGUCCUUUGAACACAUGAAUGAUUCAGCAAUACUCAAUGAAGCUCAGAAGUUACUGCAGGAAGUGGUCAAGAUAGAUUCUAAAAUUUUUGAAUUACAGCUAUCAAUUGACGCUUUCAUUGAAAGGAUAUCCACUGGGUGGAAGCAACAUGAUGGCCACCUCUAUUACCUCGACGCUUAUGAAACGGCAUUUUUUUAUGCCCGAAGGGCAUGUAAUAACAGGAAUGCUAUUUUGACUCCCAUCACCACUGCUAGCGAGGAGACUUUUGUGGAAUCACUGUCCAAGGCAUCCAGACAAAGUGUAUGGAUUGGACUCUUAAAAGAUGACAAAAGCUGGAAGUGGAUUGAUGGUAAGACGCCAUUCAAAACCAGCUUUUGGGAGCCAGGUCAGCCAGACUCGUGGAGUCCCUUAAGGGAAGAUUGUGUUGAAAUUCGAAUGAAUUGUGCAACCCCAGGAAACUGUUGGAACAAUGUUAGCUGCGAUGAGAGAAAAGCUGCAGUUUGUAGGGUGAGUCCAGAUGAAAGGUGGAUGACGUAAGUCGUAAGUGCUGCUCUCCCUGAUCUACAGGCAAAAGGGGGGGGAAAUGGACAGGGCGCCAUUUCGCUGCAAGUCAGCUUACCACCUUAUGAAAACGGUGCAUGAAAAAACUCCACUCCUAGUUAAUCCUGCUUCCUCAAGGCUGGAAAAAUAGAACUUAUUUUGAACCCCACAAAGAUGGACACCAAAAAAAUAAUGCAUGAAUUACUUCAGUCAUAUCCCACUCUCCAUGACAACAAAUCAGAGUGAGUAUUC